GAAUUGCAUAUAAAAAUGGUUGAAAUGAUUUUAUGGGAAAAAUGUCUUCUUGAAUACUUUUAUGGAUCAGGUAAGAUUAAUAACAGAAUGCCCAGAAGGAUGCAGAUUAAAGGAGAAAGACUAACAUGUUUCUGGAUGCUGGUCUUUGUUUUGGUGAACAGAGUUGAAGGAUUUUAUUUCCCAGGUGUAGCCCCUGUGGAGUUUUCUAAAGAUCAGAGUAUUGAAGUAAAAGCUGUUAAGAUGACCAGCACUCAUACCCAACUUCCAUAUGAAUAUUAUUCUUUACCUUUCUGUCGUCCUAAGAAUAAUACUAUCAUCUACAAGUCAGAAAAUCUUGGGGAAGUACUAAGAGGGGACAGAAUAGUCAACACUGCUUAUGAAGUCAAAAUGGCAAAAGCACAACCAUGUAAAGCACUUUGCCAUGGUCCAGGCAGACCCAUGAGGUGGUCGGAGGAGGAAUCCAAGUUGGUAGCUAGUCGAAUCCAACAUCAUUAUUAUGUUCACCUCAUUGUUGAUAACCUUCCAUGUGCAACAAGGUUUGAAUUGCUAGAUACAAAUCAACCACAAUAUGAACAUGGCUACCAACUAGGUUUUAUGGAAAAUGGAAUACCAUAUAUUAAUAAUCAUUUGAAACUAGUCCUGAAGUAUCACACUGAAGAUGGUGUAACUUUCAGAGUGGUUGGGUUUGAAGUUGACACAAAAAGUAUCGAUUAUCAUGACUUGAAGUUUGAAAGAAAUGUCUGCAUUUUUCCAGAAAAACCAAAAAAACAAGCAAUCAACUUGAAAGAUUUUACAGAGUUACUGUUCACUUAUGAGGUUCUGUGGGAAGCUAGUGACAUAAGGUGGGCUUCACGAUGGGAUACCUAUUUAGCCAUGAGUGAUGUGCAGAUUCAUUGGUUCUCAAUCAUCAAUUCUGUUGUGGUUGUCUUCUUCCUGUCUGGAAUCCUUACCAUGAUCAUAAUUCGGACCUUGAGAAGGGACAUUGCAAGAUACAACAAAGAUGAGGAUAUGGAAGAAACAAUGGAAGAAACUGGAUGGAAGUUAGUACAUGGAGAUGUGUUCCGUCCUCCUCCUUAUCCCAAACUUUUUGCUGCUAUUAUUGGCACAGGGAUUCAGUUAUUCUUCAUGACAUUUAUAACUAUCUUUUUUGCAAUGCUUGGUAUGUUGUCUCCUGCUUCUCGUGGUGCUCUCAUGACUGCAGCUAUCUUUCUUUUUGUGUUCAUGGGAAUACUUGCUGGAUUCUUCUCAGGACGUUUAUAUAGAACUUUACAUGGUCAUCUAUGGAAGAAGUCAGCAUUUUUGACUGCUACUCUUUAUCCAGGAAUUGUGUUUGGUACCUGUUUCUUCCUGAACUUUUUCAUCUGGGGAAAACAUUCCUCUGGAGCUGUUCCAUUUCCAACUAUGAUGGCACUGUUGUGCAUGUGGUUUGGUAUCUCUCUUCCUCUAGUUUUCUUGGGGUACUUCUUUGGUUAUCGCAAGCAACCUUAUGAACACCCUGUGAGAACCAAUCAGAUUCCUCGACAAGUACCAGACCAGGUGUGGUACAUGAAUCCUGUGCUUUGUACCCUUAUUGCGGGAAUUCUUCCAUUUGGUGCCAUGUUUAUUGAACUCUUCUUUAUAUUCACUGCCAUUUGGGAAAACCAAUUCUACUAUCUAUUUGGGUUCCUCUUUCUCGUCUUCAUCAUCCUUAUCAUUUCUUGUUCCCAGAUAUCUAUAGUUAUGGUUUACUUCCAGUUGUGUGGAGAGGAUUAUCACUGGUGGUGGAGGUCAUUCCUUGUGUCUGGGGGAUCAGCAGUUUAUGUAUUUGCCUAUGCUGUCUUUUACUUCUGGACCAAAUUGGAGAUCACAGAAUUCAUACCAACGCUUCUAUACUUUGGCUACACCCUGAUCAUGGUAUUUACAUACUGGAUUUUGACUGGAACUAUUGGUUUUUAUGCUGCAUACACCUUCAUCAGAAAAAUUUAUGCAGCUGUGAAAAUUGAUUAACUUUUGUUCUUAGUUUGAAGAAUACAGAAAUUGAAAAUUGGCUGGGCCUAAAACACAACUGGAUUUGUGAAGAACCAAACGAUUGGUUACUUUUUUUUUUCAAAUGCACUCUGGCAUUCACAGAUGAAAUGAAAAUACUUGCAUGGGCAUUGUGAAAAGGACACUGGAGGAUUUUUGUUUUCGUAAUUAUUAAAGCAAGUUGCACUCACUUAUUAAUUGCCUGUAAAUUGCUUUAUUAGACUUCAUUCCAAUCUGGUUUAAAAGAAUUUUUCGAAAUUAAGUGGGACAGCAGGUAUUUAAGGGUAUGCAUGCAUUGUGUAGAAACUUAGUUACUGUCAUUUUAAGGGGAUAAAUAUUUAAAGCAUCAAGAAGUAAAGAGUCUCCACAUGCUUAAGCCCUGCUUUAUAUGUGUUGUUACUGGAACACCAUGGUUUUAUUGGGUUCUUGAUGUUUAACAUAUAUUUAAUAUCAGCAUUAUGUGUACAACAAUACUGUCAUGGUCUUAUGAUGGAUGUCUCAUAUAGCAUUAUUGAACCAGUUAUUAACUUUUCUUGUGCAUUUUAUAAAUGGGAAUUUUAAUGCCUGUAAAAGUUUUUCAAAAUAUAACUUUUUUUUUUUUAAUGUAUUGAACUGCAAUAUCAUACUUGGCUACCCUCUCUCUUAGUAUUAUAUAAAGUAAGCUGUAUGUUAUUAUUCUGUCAAGAAAAGAAAUCUUCCUUAAAAUAAAGUUUGUGAGAUACAUA